AACCGACCGACCCCGUUCAAUGGGCUCAAAGGAAGACAACAACAACAACAACAGCAGCAAUGCGGCUUCCAUGCUUUACUUGAUCAGUUCAAGUUAAGAACAUUCUGUGAAAACAGACGAGUUUUUUUUCGGCAAAUGAGGAUCAAGUGGCGUUCUGACACCACAACGAUUGAACACGAUCGCUUGGACGAGCUGCUACGAGAGAGAGUUCAUUGGAACAGUUGAUUUCUUACAAUUAUUACACCUAUUAGGAUUUGCUGCAGCAUGCAGACAUUUUUUCUUUUCUUUUUUUAAAUCGAAAUUAACGAUUAGAAAAUGAAGCUGCGAGUUCAGCUGCAGUGCAAGAAUUUGCACGAAUACCUCAGAGAACUGAGCCCAGAUAUUUUGGACCGACUUUACAAUCAUCCAGCAACAUGUUUGGCUGUGUACAGGGAGCUUCCAUCUCUGGCCAAAAACUAUGUGAUGCGAAUGCUCUUCCUGGAUCAGCCUCUUCCACAGGCCGCAGUGGCAUUAUGGGUGAAUAAAGAAAGCCAGAAGAAUCAUGACGAAUGUGUCUCAGUGCUGACGGGCCUUCGCCUUUGGCACAGUCAGCAGCUGCAGGGUGGUCUGCAGGGCUAUAUCCUGAAUCCAGUGUUCAAAGAUAACCUGAGGAUUGCGCUGCUGGGCGGGGGCCAGGCGUGGGCGGACGAAGGCAGCAGCAGCCUGGGUCCCGACCGGCACGCUCGCGACAUUGAGAGUCUGGACCGUUAUGCCAUGGAGCGCUGGGAGGUUAUCUUGCACUUUAUGGUGGGUUCUCCCAGUGCUGCGGUGAGUCAGGACCUCGCUCAGCUGCUGACUCAAGCUGGCCUCAUGAAAAGUGAGGCAGGAGAGGCCCCCUCCAUCACCUCUGCUGGCUUCCAGUUCCUUCUGCUGGACACAGCCUCUCAGUUGUGGUAUUUCACCCUGCAGUACCUGAAAAGUGCUCAGUCAAGAGGAAUGGGCCUGGUGGAGAUUUUGUCCUUUUUGUUCCAGCUCAGUUUCUCAACCUUAGGCCGAGAUUACUCGGUGGAGGGUAUGAGUGAGUCAUUACUCACAUUUCUGCAGCACCUUCGGGAGUUUGGACUGGUCUUCCAGAGGAAGCGAAAGUCAAGGCGCUACUAUCCCACCAGACUGGCCAUCAGUCUGGCCGCGGGAGUCACCAGCAGCUCUUCCUCCCUGGCCUCCUCUUCUCACUUGGGCUCCGGCACCGGGGGGGAUGCCGGCUUCAUUGUGGUCGAAACCAAUUAUCGCAUCUACGCAUACACAAACUCUGAGCUCCAGAUCUCUCUGGUAGCACUCUUCAGUGAAAUGUUAUAUCGCUUUCCCAACGUGGCGGUGGCCCAGAUCACCAGAGAAUCCGUGCAACAGGCCAUCGCAAAUGGCAUCACUGCACAACAGAUCAUCCACUUUUUGAGGACCAGAGCACACCCUAUCAUGCUGAUGCAGACACCAGUGCUUCCUCCAACCAUAACGGAUCAGAUCCGACUUUGGGAGCUGGAGCGAGAUCGGCUCCAAUUCACCGAGGGUGUGCUCUACAACCAGUUUCUCUCCCAGGCUGACUUUGAGGUGCUGCGAGACAGAGCUCAGGGUCUGGAUUGUCUGGUGUGGCAAGACGUAGCUCACAGGGUGAUGGUGGUGACACCGCACGGACACAGUGAGGUCAAGCGCUUCUGGAAACAACAAAAGUCGCACACGUAAGGUGAAAAGGAACCAGGAGGGAUGCUAUCCCUCCCACAAUCGAGUCCGCACUUCCCUUCCCCAGUACUUUUAGCAUACCUCACGAAUCGAUGCUGGUCAUGCCACGAGCCACUUUUGUAUCCACAAAGUUAACUGUAAUGACAACAAAAUAAACCUUUGCAAACGUGAACAAUG